AUGGUUAUUAAUAUUGGCCUUUCUUUCUUUCUUUCUUUCUUUCUUUCUUUCUUUCUUUUCUUUUCUUUCUUUCUUUCUUUCUUUCUUUCCAACUAUUCAACUUAUAUCCACAUUCUCUUUCGUUUUUUUUUCUUCAUUAGAUUUUUUUAUAUCUUUUUCAAUUUUCCUUCUUUUAUUUCUUCCUUGUUUCAUUCUCUCUUUCUGUCCAUUUAUCCUUUUCUUUUUUCUUUUUCUUUCUUUCCGUUUGCUUAUGUUACAUUAUUUUAUUGCUUUCUUUUUUCUUUUUGUAUUGCCAAUAUAUAUUCAUAUUGCGUCCUUCCUUUCUUUCCUUUUUCUUUCUUUCUUUCUGUUCGAUUGUUUUAUUCUUUUGUUUCUUUCUUUUUUAAUGCCUCAUAUGUUUAUUCACAUUAUACCUUUUCUUUCUUUGUUAUGAUUUUUUAUUUCUUUAUUUCUUUAUUUUCUUUUUUGCAUAUGUUUAUUCACAUUACUCCUUUCUUUCUUUCUUUCUUUCUUUCUUUCUUUCUUUCUUUCUUAUUCAAUUGGCCAGAGUUAAACUUACAGCAAAUUGUUUGUACACUUGACCUUGAAGUUUUAAAUUGCGCAGUCCUGAAUUGUGACGCGGCCAUCGGCCGUACCCACGACGGAAAUUUCCAGCAAUUAUGUUCUUUUUCCCCGGAAAAUCUAGUGAAUGCGCCCCAUCACUACCCGAUUCACUGCUACCCUCUCAGCACCCCUUACCCGAUCCUCUUUUUCCGUAUAGCUCCCGUUACCCGCUUUCCUUUCUUAAUUUCCUUCCCCUCGCUUCUCCGAUUACUCCUCCUUCCUUUUUUUUCUGUUCUCUCUUCACGACCUUCCCGUGAUGCUCUCUUGCGCACUGGCUUUCUUGACCUUUACCAUGGCUGCCUUGUGCUUCAUCUAAUUGUGGAAUGCGUCACACUAGAAUCAGCUUUAAUGAUCCCCUUCAAAAGAACGAAGCGAAAGAAGGAAGAGAAGCAAGAGGAGACAGGAAGUGGAGACCACUGGUAUUUUCUGGCUCGAAUCUAUCUAUCUAUCUAUCUAUCUAUCUAUCUAUCUAUCUAUCUAUCUGUCCGUUAUCUAUCUAUCUAUCUAUCUAUCUAUCUAUCUAUCUAUCUAUCUAUCUGUGUUUGUGUGUGUUCCUAUCUAUCUAUCUAUCUAUCUAUCUAUCUAUCUAUCUAUCCAGCUAGCUAG